GUUAGAUGAGUACCACUGUUAACCCAUUUCUGUACACGGAAAGAAUGGUUGGAAACCGAUGCUGACGACGUCAAAGUGUUAGAAUUAAUUUCGCAACGCUAAAGUUUUUUCAAACUUGUUGAUCCAUAUUUCAUGUAUUUUGCACUUUUGUAAUCUAAACACACAUCUGACAAAAGCGUAUACAUGAUAUAUAUAUAUAUACCAGAUGUUGAAACGCUUACAGUGUUCCACAGGUUGCGGUACAUAAUAGAUCGAUGUCUUAUUCAAUUUCUACAUGAAGCCUCUUAUUAGAGGACCGAAAGUGUAAAUCAAAGAAAUUAGAAGUAUGAAUAGAAAUUUGUUCAACGCCGUUCUAGCUUUCUGUAUUAUAAGCUUGUCAUAUGCUCGGGAUACAAUUGAGGGAACCAUUGUUUUCGCAAAUAUCCUGUAUAGACAUGGAGAUAGGACACCCAUGAGACCUUAUCUUAAUGAUCCCUAUAGCAAUGAAAGUUUAUGGCCUGUCCCAUUUGGUCAGUUAACAAAUCUUGGGAAGUACCAACAUCUACUACUUGGCCAUUGGGUUCGCAAACGUUACUUGCAUCUACUAAGCAAUUUAUAUUCUCCGUAUGAUAUUUAUAUUCAAAGUACAGAUACAGAUCGUACUUUGAUGUCAGCAGAAGCUCAUCUUGCUGGUCUAUAUCCACCAAUUGGUAACCAAGUAUGGAACAGUAUCAAAUGGAUGCCUAUUCCAGUCCAUACUGUCCCAGAAGACAAGGAUAGUAUAUUAGCUGCUAGAAAAUAUUGUCCUAGAUACGAUCAUGAAUUAGAAAAGGUUCUUAAUUCUCCAGAAUUAAAGAGAAUACAAAAAGAAAAUAAGAGAUUAUAUCAAUAUUUAACAGAAAAGACAGGGAAUAAAAUUUCCUCCUUAAGAUCUAUUGAACAUCUGUACGAUACAUUGUUCGUUGAGAAUCUUUACAAUAAAACAUUACCAGAAUGGACAAAAUCAGUAUUCCCUGAUAAACUUAAAUCCCUUGCUGCAAAAAGUUUCACAGUUAGCGCUUAUAAUAAAAUACUUCAAAGAUUAAAAUCAGGAUCGUUGCUUGGAGAAAUGAUAGAACAUAUGGAAAAAAAAUCAAAGAAUGCUUUAGUACCAGAUAGAAAAAUAUGGAUGUAUAGUGGACACGAUGAAACCUUAGCCAAUAUGUUAAUGACUCUUAAUGUAUUUGACCCACACUGCCCACCAUAUACUGCUAUGAUACUUUUGGAACUAAGGGUAAAUUUAAAGAAUCAGUAUUUUGUAACGGUUUCUUAUAAAAAUAGUAGCGAAGAACCAACACUUUUAACGCUACCUGGUUGUAUCGCAUUUUGUCCUUUAAAUCAAUUUAUUGCAUUAACAAAAGAUGUCGUACCCGUGAAUUGGGAAAAAGAAUGUGCAGUCGAGUGGGAUAAACUUGGAUAUAACAUAAAUACAACAGCAGUAAUUGCGAUUCUGACGUCCUCAAUACUAAUGUUAGUUUUACUAGUGUUAUCUAUAAUUGGCUUUAUUUAUUGGCAUUAUAAACGAGAACACAACCAGUAUUACCUCCGAUUAACAACGGAUCCUAUAUAAUUGAAUAUAGUAUUGUUGAGAAUAAUAUACAUAUUACGUCUACCGUAACAAUCAAUGUCUUCAUAAUUAGACGAUUAACAAAACUAAGGAAAAUUAUAAAUUCACAUUUGAUUUGACGUACAUUAACAAAUAAAUUGCUAACACGAGCAAAAGUCUGAUACAUCUCUAAAAUACAAAUUUAGGAGAAAAAAAAAUUUUUAUACAUUUUAGACAUUUCUUAUCACUGAUAAAAUAUUUCAGUUUACUAAAUACAGGUAAAUACAUCGAUACGUAUUUAAUUGUUUGCAAAU